AUGGCGUAUCCAAAAACUUACACGAUUCCUCUUCCUAAAAAUAUGCACGACUACUUUUCAUCAGCUCCUUUCAUAACCUGCACGUUCAUCAAGUUUCUACGUCGACUCGAUUCAGAACAGAUACUAAAAAGUACUGAACAGAGGUCGAUUCACGGAUUUUACAUUAAAAUCCUGAAUUCAUUGAGCGUAGACCUAACUAUACCACAAUUUGCUCAGAAUCAUUCAAGAAAGUUGAUAAAAAAGAUUCGUUUCAUUUGGGAUUCAAUAGCAGAACGUGAAAAACAUCAUGCCGCUGAGGAACAUGAUUACAAGUUGCUUGAGCAAGUUCGAGACAAGCAUGUCAUAAUUGGUCAUACUGACGUUGCUAGAGUGCAAGAAAAACAUACAGAUAAAAAGCGAAAAGACGAGGAUGACAUAGAAUCGACACCACCCACAAAAAAGAUAACGGCACAACAGUCUUAUGAUGACGACGAAGAUGAUGAAAUUUCGAUUAUAAAGGAUAUUCCUCAAUUAUCUUUAGAGAAUAGGGAGCUUGAAGCAUUGACUUCAAUAUUCAUGCUUACACCAAAUUCUCAUUCUGAAAUGAUAAUUAAUAUUUUUGGUUCCCAAAACUUGGACAAAAUACAUAAAACACUUUUUUCAACAGAUAAACGAGAAUUAGAUGCGAAAUGUGAAUUUAAAUUCAGGAGAAUAAUAAAACAGUCAAUCAAUGAUUCACGAGACAGUGCCAUUAAAUCUACCAUAGCAUACUUAACAGAAAUUAAUUCAAAGGAAAAUCUAGGAUUUAUAAUUUUAGAAGGAUUGAAAUUACUACCUAAUUUAAAAUUAAAAAGCCAGCCAAGUGAAAUGUCAUUAAUUACUAACUAUCUAGACUAUAUAAUGAAAGAAUUACUUCAUGAGCCUGACAAGCAUAGAGUUGAGUGGCCGAAUACAGGUCUCAAAGAAAGUAGAGCAAGAAAAUUGGAAGGUAGAGCUAGACAACCCGAUUUUAUAGUAUCAGUAAUUAAUCAAUUAGAAACAAGCGGAACGUUGUUUGUAGGUGAAGUGACAUCCCCUGCUGAAAAAGGAAAUGUAUACAAAAACUGCAAUAAUUUAGUACACGUUGGCGUUUUUAUGAAGGAAUGCAUUGAUUCAGCCAUAGAUAAAGGCGCAGAUGUUAAGCUUUUAGAAUUUCAGUGUAUCGAAUAUACAAUUGAUUUUUAUGCAAUGGAACUUAGUGCACCGGGGCUAUAUUUUAUGUACUAUAUUGGUCAGGCCUCGAUUCCCACUUCAGUAAAAACAAUGACACAUUUUAUUGAUGAUAUAGAGACUUUUCUGACUGUACGAGAUAUUUUUCGAGAAUCAUUUGUCAAUUUUUAUGAUAAAUUACGUAACCCAAAAGAACAAUCAACGAAGGUUCCAUUUAAAUGUGAGACCUUAUCAACGCCAAGUUUCAAUCGACUUGUUAGCAAUACGCGUAAUGUCAAUAGAAAAUGCUCUUUCUGGUUUGGAAGGUUUUAA